AUGGCGGUUUUGUUAUCAUCUCUGAUAGUCUCUACACUAGGAAUCAACAUCGAGACGAGUAAGAAUCUGGGUGUCUCGUAUUCUUCUUCCCCCCAAAUUCACCUCUUUAGAAUCUCUACUCCACUGCGUAUUCAAAGAUCCAUUGUCGUCUCGAGCCGUAAAAAUUCAAGAACUGGUUUAGCAAGCAUGGAUAAGAAAUUGUUGCUGGAACGAUAUGGUUAUGAUGCCAAUGAUGAAUUUAGGUCUCAAUCUAAGAAGGCGAGAAGGAAAGAAGAGAAAAUGAGUGGAAGGAACAGCCAACAAGUAGAAGAAGUUGUUGUAGUACAGCCAAGAACAACUCAUAGGUUACUUCAGGUUCUUGCAGGAACGGCCAAACGAAAGAAAUUGCUUUCUCUUAAGGGAAUGGAUGUGAGACCUAUGAUGGAAGUUGUUAAAGGAGCAGCUUUUGGGAUUCUCCAGGCUGCUGGUGGUUGUCCAACGUCUCUGCGUCCUGGUAAGUGGUUGGAUUUGUACAGUGGUAUAGGAUCUGUAGGAAUUGAAGCCAUCAGUCGAGGAUGUUCUGAGGCACACUUUGUUGAGAUGGAUCCUUGGGUUGUUUCAAAUGUUCUACAACUAAACUUGGAACACACUGGAUUUGUUGAUGCUUCGGUUAUACACACUGCUCGAGUCAAAAAAAAUUUGGAACGUGCAGAUAAAAUACUUUCUUUUGUGUUUGUUAAGAUUAUUCUACUUUAA